CGUGGCUGAGCCCAUUCCCGUCGUCGAGUUUCCCUGUUUCGUCGGCUUUUUUGGGUUAAAGAAAACGUGCUCAGACGUCACAGUUCCCUUGUUUAGGUCUCUCUCUUUGCCUCCAACUACCGCAGCGGCCGCCCUAACAGGUCCCCUAAAACUACUCCCGUACUUGCUCUCAUUCCUGCUGGAAAGAGGUAUCGAUCGACACUGGUCGAUAUCAAAAAACUUGGGAAACUUCAACCCUUCAGACGAACGACUUCUUUAGCACGAUCUCUACAACUAUCUUGCUAGUAAACGACAGAGAUAUUCGAACGCAUUACGAGUGUUUGACGCCACCAACAACACUACAUCAGCAUUGUCGUCAUCUUCAUCGCCCACAUCAGUCAUGGCAGUCUCAACAGAUCAACCGCCUGCGAAUCCCAUGUUCGCUACUUCAAACUCAUCGCGCCCAACGACCGCCGAGAAGGCGAACCCUAGCCUACCAGUAGAACCAUCACAGAAAUCAUCAUCACGGCCACCGAGCUUUGUCCCGUCGCGUAAAUCGGUUUCGACUUCGCCAGUAGACGGCCCUCGCUUUUCAACAAGCGACAAUGCCGUCGCCGCGCUGGACUUUCAGGGCUCUGUUGACAGCAACAACGACCUACCAAGCUUGGCCACCAUAAAGAAGAUCGAAAACUACCAUGUCCUCGAUCGCGACGGCAAGUCGCAUACCUUCCGGAGUCUCUAUACUGGCAAGCACGUUGCCCGGCGAGUCCUCAUCAUCUUUGUCCGCCACUUCUUCUGUGGUCAAUGCCAGGAAUAUCUCCGAACCCUCUCUGCCUCCAUAACCCCCGACGCCCUCCUCCGGCUUCCUCUCUCGACCUUCAUCGCCGUUGUUGGCUGCGGUAACCCACAGCUUAUCGACAUGUACGCCCAAGCAACCAACUGCCCAUUCCCCAUCUACGCCGAUCCCACCCGCAAGCUAUACCAGGAGCUCGGCAUGGUGCGCACCCUCGCGCUGGGCGAGAAGCCCGCCUACGUAACCAAGCACUUGAUCAAAUCUUCAUUUGAUUCGAUCAUCACAGGCAUCAAACAGAUCCCCAAGGGGCUGGCCAACAAAGCGGGAGACUUCAAGCAGAUUGGCGGCGAGUUCUUGUUCGAACCGGUGGAUAUUCAGAGUCCCAUUAACGCCGUACAAUGGGAGGAUAUGGAAAGGACACUUGAAAGGGCAACAAGGGAGAACAAUGAAGCGGCUGCUGCUGCUGCUGCUGCCGAGAGGAAGAGGGACAGUUCCGGCUCAAGACUGGAACCAGACUCUGACGACAAAGAGACCGGUAAGGGGACAAUAAUGAAGGAGAAGAAGAUCUUUGGCGGCCAAGGACACAGGCCGUCGGAAGCCAGCAUCGAUGGAAAACACGAAGACGACGAAGGCGAGGAGAAAAAAGUGACAUGGUGUCACCGCAUGAAGACAACGAGGGACCAUGUCGAGAUCCCUGAGCUUAUGGAAGUGCUGGGGCUUGAUGGGCAAGGGGAACCCAUCAAGGACUCCAGGAGGUGGUCCAAGGCGUUGGAAACAAGAAAGGGAACUGGGUUUAGCAUGGCGCGUAGGAUGAACACUAUGAAGGCAGAGGCGGGAGCGUAGGAAGGCUCUAUGUGUUCGCCGUUUGGAAGAAAAAGAAGUAAAAGGAAGAUGAGGGAGGGUCUAGCAUCAUCGGGGAUGACAGGACCAUGAUGACGAGAAAGGAGUUGAUUGGUAUAGGAAUCUCAGAAAGGCAUGAGAAAGGAGAGCAAGCGGGUGAAGACCUACUUGACCUGGCAUGGUGCAUUUUGUUUUGUUUUAUUCUCUUUGCUCAACUAUUCCCACACGGCAUGGCGGCUUGUUUUAUGUUCCCUUUUGUUUACAAGCAUGAUAUUUGAAUCAGAUUGAUACCACCCCGUUAAGGUUCAUGGAUACUUGCUCGAUCGACUGUCCGUUUCCGUUUUGUCUUGGUCAUUAUCGAACCAUUACCACGUUAGCCUCUGUCAAGCUCAGGGGGUUGUCGGGUGUGGACAGGCGGCCUGACACUCGCCUUCAACUCUUCAUUCUCUUCUGAGUGUCUCUUAGCUCGAUGAAUCGAUGUGAUUUCCAAGCCAGAGAACUACACUUGGCUAGAUUCAGUCAUCUAGUCUAACCCUGUUCUUCAGAAACCAGCCCCCGCCGGUUGGUUUUUCUUCCUACAUACUGCCUUGAACAGCCUACCGGCGAUAGUAUGUAUCAACAUGGUCAGUCACACGAAAUCAAACGUUCCUGGCUGAGACAACCCUUCGGAAUAGAUUUUGUGUUACGCCAGAUACUCUACCUCAGGAUCUUCACCCCGCUUCUUGUGUUACGGGUUAUUCAUUCAUUCACCUCCCUGUUGGUUCAUACUCCGUAACUCCGCUUUUUGUGUUCCGAAAUCUUCUUUCCAAGUCCAGAAAGGAACAUUCAAGCUUUGUAUGUAUGUAUGUAUGUAGGUAGGGAACCGGAUUCAUGAGCGACCUAUUCACUAUUCUCUCCGUGAUAGGUGUAGUUUCCUGAACCGAAAAAGGCAACAUACAGUAG